AUGUCUUCACAUUCAUACUCCUUUUCCACUUCACCCAAGCUUUUUCCAGCCGAGAUGCGACAACAUCCGGUUGAGUAUAAGCUUGAGGGUACAUCAACCAUCUAUCACAAGAGAAUUAACGAACGAACUGACUACAGAUAUAUCUCAGAUGUUUUGAAUUAUCUUUACGGCAUGAAGCAUCCUCCAGUAGGGAACCAAUUUUAUGAUGAUGGUAUACAAUUGAUAAAAUACUUAGAAAGGGUCAUGAGCGAGAGAUUGGAGAAAGUGUUCCUAGGAUAUUAG